GAAAACCUGCGUAUUCAUGAAGGUGCUAUUGAUAGAGACGGUCUCUCGUCUCGGUCACCGACUGAGAUUAUGGCUAGCCUAGAAAAGACUCUCAAAGCUUUAGGAAUUGAUGUCAAAUAUGAUGGAGAGUAUUGCCUCAAAUGCAUUCGCCGUAAGGUACGGGUUCCAGUCUCGACUGAUUCACAACCACAUCAGUUGUCAGCCGGAUUCAAUCUGGAGCCUGUGUAUGGAGAUCCAGCCUUUGAUUGUGGCGAUGAAGUGCGUUUUAUUGUGGAAGUGUGUCGUUUCCGCAAUCUUCCUCACCUGUACAUUGUGGACAUACGACGUUUGAAAGGCAACGUUUGGGUUUACAAAUUCUUAUAUCGUAAACUG